GCAAAGUACUAUUCGCUUACAGAAUUGUGAUGGACUUCUAAUAUACUUUCUGCUUUAAUAGAUAAACAACGUAGACGAGUGAAAUUUUGAGAAAUUAUUUUAAAAAUACAUUGAUAUAUGUGUCAACCGUUGAAGAAGUUUUACAUUCAAUUAUAUACAUUUUUUUAUCUGAGUGAAGCGAAAACAUAAUAUGGGGAAGAAAAAUAAACAAAAGCAAAAUCAGGAUUCUGAUAAUAAACAGAACCAACCACAGGAAAAUCCACGUCAGCAACAACCAGAACAAAAACAAAAGAAACAAUCAGGUGAUGCUGGGAACGCUAAUCAGGAUGGGCAGCGAGGACAACAGCCCAGCGGUGGAGGAAACAAAGAACAAGGAAAACAGCAAUGGCGUGACGGAGGACAGCAAAGACCACCGCAAGGGCAAAGUCAACAGAGCGGAGGCAAUACUCGAGGUGGAAAUGAAGGCCGGAGCGGGCUAUCACAACAACACCAGCAACCUAGGCAAGAAGGAGCCCGGGGAAACCAACCAAAACAGCAACAGCAACAAUCUGGUGGAGGACAGCAAGAUGGCCAACAAAGGUCGGCGGGGGGUCACCAAGGGCAACAAAAGCAACAGCCCGGAAAUCAAGGCGCUGGUAAAAGUAGUCAGCAACAACAACCAGCCAGGCAGGAGGGAAGCCAAGCGAACCAACAACAAUCUGAUGGAGGGCAGCAAGGCGCACGGGCAGGCCAGAAUAGACAACAAUUUGGAGGCCAACAACAACAACCACCAAAACAGGGUGGAGGCUGGGGACAGAGGCAAGAGGCUGGUGGUGGGCAAAGACGACAAGCUGGAGGUGGAGAUGGGGGUGGUCCUCAGCAACAAAAACAGCAGCAGCCAUACGGCCAAGAGGGACCCCGAAGGGGUCAGUCGGGACAGCAGCAAUUUGCUGGCGCACAACAGCGGCCACGUCAACAACAAGGAUCAGGCUUCCCUGCCGGUGGAGUAGAAUCUGUACCACCAUAUAAGGACGUAUCUUGCGCUGGGGUUCAACGGGGAAGCCUUGGUAAACAAGGUGUUUGUGAAGUUAAUUAUUUGAGAAUGAACAUUGAUAAAAUGUCCGACACUGCUUAUCAUUACGACGUGACCAUUACGCCCGAUCGUCCCAAAAAGUUUCUUCGCCCAGUUUUUGACCAAUGUCAAAGACAGUAUUUUAAGGACUAUGUAAUGGCUUAUGACGGUUCCAAGAGCUGCUAUUCAAUAAAACGCCUUCCAAAAAAAUCCUUUGACUAUGAAGUUGAGGUGCCGGAUAGUGGAGGUCGAACAAAAUCAUUUACAAUCCAAAUAAAGGAAACCGAUAUACCUGAAAUCGACCUGGCAUCUCUACGGUCUUAUCACAACGAUCGGGUGUUCGAUAAGCCCAUGCGUGCGUUACAGGCUUUAGAAGUGGUCCUAGCAUCCAACAAUCAUGCACUUGGAAUUCGUGUUGGUCGAUCCUUCUAUCGAAAGCCUGCGGAAUUUUAUGAUUUGGGAGAUGGUUAUGAAAUGUAUACGGGCAUUUAUCAGGCCGCUAUUCUAGGCGAGGUACCCUUACUCAAUGUCGACAUUUCGCAUAAAUCAUUUCCCAAAACUCAACCUAUAAUUCAAUACUUGAAAGAGUGCGGCAUAGACACCAACCGCACGAUUGAAGAUUAUCGUAUGAAAAAAACUAUUCUUCAGUUUUUAAAAGGCAUAGACAUUGUAUACGCUCCGCCUGCUAGUUUUGGGGCUAUACCCAAAAAAAAAAAAGUGAUUGACAUUGGAGAUGCUCCUGCGAAAACGUUCUUCACGUUAGAUGAUGGCACAAAGAUGAACGUAAAAGAUUACUUUGCAUCGAAAGGUUGUAUCUUACAAUACCCUUAUUUGAAUUGCAUCACAACAGGUAGCACAACAAGAAAAAUUGCCCUUCCAAUCGAAUUCUGUUCCGUUGCUGAAGAUCAAGUUUUAAACCGCAAGGAUGGAAAUAUGCAAGUUUCCAAAAUGAUUAAAUAUUCCGCCACGUCUACAAACGAACGAAAAAACAAAAUUAUGAAUUUAAUGGCUCAUUUUCGUCACAACGAAAAUUCGACUAUAAGAUCCUUCGGCAUACAGCUGGGUGGCAAUUUUAUAAAAGUUCAUUUUCGCUUGCUGCCACCUCCAGAAUUGGAGUAUUGUGGCGGCAAAACUGCAUGUCCACGCGAUGGCGCCUGGCAACUGGCUGAUGUAAAAUUUUUAGAGACGUCAAAAGUUAACCAAGGACACAAAUGGGCAAUCGUUUAUGAAAAUAAAGGCCGACCCAUUAACGCGCAUUCGUUAGAAGAUUUUAAAAAGGCGUUCCAAAGGACGGCUCAACAAGUUGAUGUAAAGUUGGCACAGGAAGGAGAAAUAAGAGGUUUUCAAAAUAUUGAUUGGGUGUUACAAGAUCUUGCAAAGGAAGGUUAUGCUCUGGUAAUUGUUGUAUUACCAAAUUACGGCACAUCGUAUUCUUCGGUAAAACAAAAUGCAGAACUUAAAGUGGGGAUAUUGACUCAAUGUAUCAAAGAAAGAACUGUAUUGCGUGCCCCUAAAGACGCAUCGGUGAUUCACAACUUAAUGCUGAAAGUAAAUGCGAAACUAAAUGGUACCAAUCACAAGGUGUCUGAAGAAAAAGAGGCUGGAUUAAAAGAGCUUUUACAACCCAUCAGUAAUGUGAUGUUUAUGGGCGCCGACGUCACUCAUCCCUCACCUGAUCAACGCCACAUACCAAGCGUGGUGGGAGUGGCAGCAUCUCAUGAUGCUUAUGGUGCAUGUUACAAUAUGCAGUACCGUUUACAGAGAUCGACAGUUGAGGAGAUCGAAGACAUGAAGUCCAUCACUGAAUAUCAUUUGAACGUCUACAAAAGCUAUCAAAAUCGUUACCCAGCACAUAUAAUUUAUUAUCGAGAUGGAGUUUCAGACGGCCAGUUUCCCAAAAUAAAGAAAGACGAGCUGGGAGGCAUACGUCGGGCUUGCGACCAAGCGGGCUGUAAUCCAAAGAUCACUUGCCUAAUCGUGGUUAAACGGCACCAUACUCGCUUUUUCCCACUUCGUCAAAGCCAAGGUUAUAGGGAUUUUAAUAACGUCGAGCCAGGCACUGUGGUCGAUCAAUAUAUUGUCCAUCCCAACGAGAAACAAUUUUUUUUGGUUAGCCAUAAAGCUGUGCAAGGCACAGCUAAACCUACGCGAUAUAAUGUUAUCGAAGAUGACGCUAACUUUAACAUCGAUCUGUUGCAAAAGCUCAGCUACAAUUUGUGUCACAUGUUUCCGCGCUGCAACAGGGCCGUUUCAUAUCCGGCACCUGCUUAUUUAGCACAUCUGGUCGCAUUUAGGGGACGUGUAUAUUUGGAAGGUACAAUGCGUUUUGGUAACCUGAAGGACGAAUAUAAGAAGCGAUCUAUUCAAUCUGUCCUAAUGAAACAAAAUCCAAUGUAUUUCGUAUAAAAUAAGAUCUAUUAAUGCGUCAAAUUACAUUUAAAAAAUAAAAUAAGCAGCUUAUUCCUGCAUUUUUCGUGGUUUAUACAAAUUUGAA